ACUGAUAAUAUUUAUUGGCCGCUUUGGAGUUUACAACCCAGGCGACAGUGUAGUUAUGCUUCGCGACUUGCAUUUGGGAGCUGCUCACUGUUCAUCGGUGCUAUCUCAGGAUGUUCAAGCCAGUGCUGCUCCUGCUGCUCCUGACACUGUCAGGACUCCAAGCCGCCCCCAUCUCACCUCUGAGAGGAUUGCCCAAGGUGUCGUCGACCUUCAGGCUCUCUGAUGGCUCUCAGCAGAACGACAUCCUUGGAAAUCUUCCUGAUGGCUUUCAGCAAGGUACUGAGCCCUCCAAAAGAUUCUUUGACAAUGGCCUGGUGCAGGACCACAUCAGCGAGAUGAACAGGAAGACAGCUUUCGUCCAAAACCUUCUUGGAGAGGGUUUGGGAGAGAUGGAGACAAAACACUGGCGAGCAGAUGAAGUCCCCAUUGACGUUCCAGCACAGAGGAACGGAGGUGGUUGGGUUCGAGUUGAGGAACCCUCCUCUUCUUUUCACCUUCCAGAUGGUUUCAGACAGGGAACUGAACCCUUCAUGUCGAUCUCAGAUGGUUUCAGACAGGGAACCGAACCCUUUAUGUCGAUCCAAGAUGGUUUCAGACAGGGAACCGAACCCUUUAUGUUGAUCCAAGAUGGUUUCAGACAGGGAACAGAACCCUUCAUGUCGAUACCAGAAGGUUUCAGACAGGGAAGCGAACCUUUUAUGCCGAUCCCAGAUGGUUUCAGACAGGGAACUGAACCUUUUAUGUCGAUACCAGAAGGUUUCAGACAGGGAAGCGAACCUUUUUUGCCAAUCCCAGAUGGUUUCAGACAGGGAACAGAACCCUUCAUGUCGAUACCAGAAGGUUUCAGACAGGGAAGCGAACCUUUUAUGCCGAUUCCAGAUGGUUUCAGACAGGGAACUGAACCUUUUAUGUCAAUACCAGAAGGUUUCAGACAGGGAAGCGAACCUUUUUUGCCAAUCCCAGAUGGUUUCAGACAGGGAACAGAACCCUUCAUGUCGAUACCAGAAGGUUUCAGACAGGGAAGCGAACCUUUUAUGCCGAUCCCAGAUGGUUUCAGACAGGGAACUGAACCUUUUAUGUCAAUACCAGAAGGUUUCAGACAGGGAAGCGAACCUUUUUUGCCAAUCCCAGAUGGUUUCAGACAGGGAACAGAACCCUUCAUGCCGAUCCCAGAUGGUUUCAGACAGGGAACUGAACCUUUUAUGUCGAUCCCAGAUGGUUUCGAACAGGGAAGUGGCUUUGGAUGGGAAGCUGAGCCCUUAGCUUCUAUCCCUGGUGGUUUCAGGCAGGGAACAGAACCAUCUCUUCACAUCCCAGACGGCUUUAGGCAGAAGUCAGAACAAACAAAAAACAAAAAGGGACAGGACCUUUCCACCUCCUGGCUUCAAACACAGACAUGUAAAGGAGAGGUCAUUAAUGGAAAGUGCUAUGAGUUCAACCCAACACCACUUGCGUUUAAAGAAGCACAGGAUUUAUGUAAAGCUCAUAACCCACACGCAGAGCUGGCAUCUGUAACAAGUGGCGACCUUCAUUCCCGCCUGGUUUCCAUGGUUACAAAUGGCGGUGACCGCAGCCCACAGCUGACGUGGCUAGGGGCCAGAGUUAAGAACCAGCAGGCCUCAUGGCUCGACGGCUCAGAGAUGAAUUACAGUGACUGGAUGCCGGGUCACCCCAACAUUCACACGGACAAGCCUGUCUGUGUGGAGAUGUUCAAGAUAGAUGAAAGCUGGUGGACGGCCGCUGACUGCGAUCUGAAGAGAGCAUCCAUCUGCUCGUACUCUAUCGUUGUAUAAAAAUCAACAUCUUGUUCUUGACAUUGUUCCAAAACACCAUCACACAGCAAUGCUGAUUAAAACCAUGAAUGCAUCAUA